CCAUUUUCAUAGUCCAUAUUGAGAAGGUUCUGAGAUGUUACUCUUUUACUUUUCCAAAGAAAAAUUUUCUUGUGUAGAAUGUGUUAGUAAUUCCUAUAUAAACGUUCGGAGGUGAGAGUACUAGUUGGGAUAAAGGAUAUGGGGAAUAUGAAUUUUUGGUUGUGGAUGGUUUUUCUGAUGAUAAGUGCGGCAAAUGGUUGUUGGGAGGAAGAGAGAAAUGCUCUCUUGGAGCUGCACGCAAACAUGAUGAGUUCAAAUGGAGGAAUCUUAGCGUGGGUGUGAGGGUUUUGUAGAUUGUUGUUCUUGUUAUCGGGUAAAAUGCAGCUUAGCAACAGGUCGAGUGAUCAAACUAGAUCUCAGACAAGCAAGGUUUGGAUCAAUGUACGGUUGGAAUUUUAAUGCCUCUCUGUUUCUUCCAUUCAAAUCGCUGCAAGUUCUUAUAUUGUCUCAAAAUUAUAUUACAGGGUGGACAAAAAUCGAAGGAUUUGACAAGUUGUCGCAUUUGACUAACUUGAAAGUGCUCGAUUUGCAGCAUAAUUACCUCCAUCCAAGUGUUUUAUCAUCUGUGUGUUGGAUUUCAUCUCUUGAGGUUCUAAGAUUAGGUGGUUUCACGGGUGGACCUACAACGGGCAAAGGCAGUGCGAAAUGUCCAGGUUUGAGCAAUCUAAGGGUGCUCUUGUUGGAAGGUUAUGGAAUAAAUGACAUCAGUGUCCUUUCUGCAUUGGGCCUUGCUACACAUAUUGGACGGAAGAAUUUAGAGAAACUCUAUUUGAGUGAAAAUAGCUUCAAUUCCAACAUCUUUUCAUCUCUCAAGGAUCUUCCAUCUCUCACGCAUCUGGAUCUCUCAUACAACGAAAUAGAUGAAAAUAUUGAAAUGAGUGGUUUGUUAAUCUCGCCUUUUAAUCAUAUAUUGCUUCAUUACGAUUUCAAUUGUACAACUGAACAUCUCAAUUAUCUACCCAUAUCAAAUACGUAAAUAUUUGCCUUUUUC